AUGCCAACUCUAGAGAUAUUUUCUGGACAGAAUCAUUCAGCUGCGGUCUUGCGACGAGCGCUCGUCUACUGUAAUUCGCUCGAUCGAAUUAAUGAGGAACCCACGAUAUGGUGGACAAAUCUUGGAAAGGACGACAGGGAGCGAUCAAAAGCCUUCGACAUGCUCGCACAGGCCAGGAUGGAUUGGGCGGUCUUCACUCGCACAGCCCUCGGAAGAGCCUCGGGAGAUGUAUGGGCUUAUGUACUAAAUGCGGUCAGAGCUAACUCCUUCCUUCAAAGAAGAAGCGUGUGAUCGAGACUACGGCAAGCAGCUCUUCUGCUGUCAAGGAAAUAGAAAAGACCAGCCCCGACGAGUUUUAGCCCAUCUGCUACUACUUUUUUCUAGUUUGCUGUACUUACAGAUCACUAUCAUAUCAUUUGCCUUAACUCUACUCCCGCUUUUGCGUAUCACUUAUUUGCAUUCCGAGAUUCUCAUUGUUUAAACGGUUACCAACUAUCAUCGACUCCCAGAUUCGUGUGGAGGUGGAGUCUUUCCAACUCACCGCGUAGCGGUUUUUGCUAGCGAGAGGUUACGAAAAG